GUUGAAUUGGGUUAUGAAGGAAGCAGCCAGAACCUUCAGCCUUGAUGAAGACGGCGGGAAGACUUCUGCAACAUCUUUCAGAUUUAGUGGUACUACUUCUUCUACUUCCAUCGCUAGCACAGGUGCUACGUCUUCAUCUAGUACGUCCUCAAUAGCCUCACCCACGAACAACAACAACAACAACAACGACAGCGACAAGAGAACAGUCCUCGAUAUCUGCUUCUUAGAUGUGGAAAUGUCCGAGAAAGGGAUUUUGGAAAAUCUAGACUGGACGAAGCUUCAAAUCGGGCUUCUUAGUUUUGAAUUUUUGCAUUAUCUUCCGCAUGAGCGUCAGGAAUUGAUGCAGUUUUUGCGUAAGCCGAAAAGCCUCGGCGGUCCUGGAUUGCGUGCUGUGAGUGCACGAUCCUACUACAGAAUUUGCUCCGAGUGGGACCGGCAUCGAGCGAUCAAUCUGAAAGUACAUGACUCAGAAUGUGGAGAAAGAGAUACUCCAGAAGAUGCUGAAGUAGAUGAGAUUGGUUCUACUACAGCUAGUAUUGCAGCUACUCCAACUCCUGGCGACAGAAGCAAUAAUCGGCCAGUCGAUUCCGCACGACAAGGGACAUACCGCACACGGUCUCACACUUGGCUUUAUUCUUUAAGGCUUCGGAGCGCUCUUCGUUAUCAUUUACUAUUCGUUUUACAACAAGGGCUUACUACUUGUUCUAUCUAAUAUUUACUAUUCAUUUUUUUCUUGCGGGUCCUUCCAAUGGUAAUAAUUUGCUACUGCAUCUUCUGAAUGAUAAUAAAAUCCUGGUCGUGCAGAAGUCCUCUCAGUCUGACUAGUCGCACUAGUUCACCAACGUCAACCCACCUUGUUGUUUUCAUGCUCUAAUAUCCCCUGGGCUGGAGCAAGACCAAGUGAUGGUCGACCCCGACUAUUUUCGAGAGAAAAACAUACCGCUGCCCUUACACUUCCUGCAAAACCGGUCGCACAUUCACUGCACAGCGACAACGACGUUGCCUAGAAGAAAACUGUGGCAGAGAGCCAGAUUGAUGAUGUUGAAGAAGAUACCUAAAAAUGAAGCGCACAGGAAAAUAUUGGAGCAAGAACAAGUAGCAUUACCGGAGGAGCCUGACUCAAUGCACCUCGGAUACGGAGCAGGAGACAACCAACCUGUGCACGACAUUGCUCUACCGUCUAUGACAUGAAGUAAGUAGAUUUUUGCCAUUUAUUUUCCAUAGAGAAGUAGAGCAUGUUGACGAAGUGCUCCUGUAGCGCGAAGGACUAGACUUCAAGAAGAGUAGGCACUCCUGUGAACUCAUUCCAGUACAUGAUUUUCAUGCGUCGAUACCUCACUUGUCACUUCUCCCCUUUCAUACCAUCGGGACGCGCAUUAGAGACUUUUGCGGCUUUGCGGGACUCGGAGGAUCCUGGCGUAGUAGACCUGAUAGCGUCUCACGCAGAGCUGCAGUCUCAAAUCGCUUUCGAGGUGAAGGGAAGAUGGGGUGAAAAGCUAGUUGUAGUGAAUGGGACAGCUAAAGCUAUGAGGAGUAACACAAGCAUAAAAAAACAAAAAGGAGAAGGAGAACGGCAACAUGUUGGAGCAGGAGCAAGUGGAGAACUACAAGGUGAAGUUGUACACGUACAGGAACAGGGUGACCAAAAACAAGAUAUUCAAGAUGUCCUGAAACAAAAACAAGUAAGAGACUUGAUGGAGUUUGUGCGAGCUCGUUUACAGUUGCCAGUUCUAAGGGUGGAUUCAGUGGAGACGCUUUUGUCUUACGAGUUCGGAGGCAGCAGGGAUAAAGAUGGAACGAAAGGCUUAUUUCCUAGAGAAAGGCGUUUCCGUCAGCCCCAAGAGGCUUAUAGUGAAAGCGGACACGUCUUUCGAGCUCAAGAUGCUUCGCAUAGAAGGGAUCGGCAUAAGAAAACCGUGGAAAAUUUUGGACGUUUCAGGUUUGGAACAAGAACUACGUCUACUUCAAGUUCAACAAGACCACAUCGAGCUGAAUCUGCAUCUUUAACGACUCCCUUAAAAACAUCCUCAUCCUCGUCCUCUUCAAAGUCCUUUUCAAACUUCGAAGACCCUUCUGCUUCUCCUGCGGUUGUUUGUGUCUAUCAAGCCAAAGGUUGGUAUGGAGCUCGCUCACCGGUGCCCUCUCCUGAAUUCCUACGGUCCGCGAUUGCUUAUAUGAAAGCCAAAGGAUUCGACCUAGUAGAUAUGGUCGUAAACAAAGACCUCGCUGAUGGUGACUGGAGUGGCAUACAGGGAGAAAAUGAUUUGGUUGAUUACUUUUUCAAUCAGGUUGUGGGGGAGGGAGAUAUGGAUAACAACAACAAAAACAACAACAACGAGAAAGUUAACAAGUCCGCCUCUUCUUCCUCUACACACACUCGUUUCAUCGAUGGCGGCCAUAACCGAACAGGACGGACACCACUCAAGGGGAUGAUAAGGGCUUUAUCGCGCAAUAUUCGGCAUCAUAAAGAGGGACGGCGGUCCUUCUGGGGAAGAUUCUGCGGGAAUUUGGAGGCUCUAGAAUGGCAACAAAUGCUGCUGAGCUUCAGAAAUCAAGACUACUUCGCGAAGUUGUUGCAUCGACAUGUGGAUCCUAUGACGAAUCAUAUGGAGGUGGAAAUAAGAGUGAACGAUCAGGAUCAGCAAGCAGAUGUACUGAAUAGAGGUUUAAGAGAACAGACUCAAGAACAUGCGCCACAAGAACAUGCGCCACAAGGCCAUCAACCACAUGGUAAUCUCCUUCCCCUUGCUCCUGGUUUUACUGUUCUGGCGGCACAGUGGAGGACAUCUUCAAGUAGGCGAUUAAGGGCCACGCCAGCCCCCUCUGUCUAUUGGAGUUGGGUUUCCAACAUGAGAGUUUCGUUCGUCUCUUCUUUUUUACGAUAUCAAACACUAUCUUGCGCAAAACGCAUGUCCGGCUUAAGUGGACCGAGGAAGCUACCUUUAUGAAGGGCUCGAUGUAGAUUAUUCCGACCAUUUUUUAUACUUCUUGAAGAUAGAAGAUGCACAACAUAGUGCAUCGCAAAGGUCUCUUAGAUAGCUGCUAGCCAGGUAGUUCUUCUUGCUGGCAACUACGGUAAGUUAUACAUUUCUGCUUUGUUGUUUUCACCAAUUUACCUAGGAAGAUUUCAUCAACUUCGCUUCACCUUGAUCCGACUUUCAUCUUCACCGACAGAAGCCAACCUGCUGCGAGGCCGCCCGCUGCCCACGAUAGAGACUUUCUGUCGGACGGUUUCCUUUUGAAAAAACCAUAUCCAUAAUCAAUUACUACAAGUUCUUGGCACAAUUGCCUUGCGCCUCCAGGGCUUCAUUCUG